UGACGUGAUAGGGAUUGAAAAUGUUGGGUGAUUUUUUAACUCGGAUUCUUAUUCUGCUUCUGGGGUAUGCAUACCCUGGAUUUGAGUGCUAUAAGACUGUAGAAAAGAACAGGGUCCAGAUUGAGGAACUCCGCUUCUGGUGCCAAUACUGGAUCAUUGUGGCUAUCGUCACAGUUCUGGAAAGGUUUACAGAUAUAUUUGUUGGAUGGUUACCAUUGUAUGGAGAGAUGAAAGUGGCGUUCUUUGUCUACCUGUGGUACCCCAAAACUAAAGGGACAGGGUUUGUUUAUCAAACAGUGCUGCGUCCUGUUGUCGCAAGACAUGAAAACGAGAUUGACAAGCAAUUGAUGGAGCUGAAAGCUAGCGGACGGGAUUUGGUCGCUCAUUACUGGCAAAUCAGUGCAAAAAUGGGGCACUCAGCAUUUUUCCAGGGUCUCGAGUACUUGGCCACUCAGUCUAUUAGAUUGAAAGCUACUCCCCCUCCCCAGGUCUUGUCUCAAUUUUUCACUUCCUUUCAUUUUCUUAUUAAUUUGACUACCCCAUUGUUUCCAAUCAACCAACUUGAGCAAAUAGCACCAAUUAUAAGUACAACAAGCACACGACAAAACUUUCUGCAUCAUCUACUUUGUUAUCUAUGUGUGUUGAUGCAAGGAAAAAAAUAGAUUACAGCAAUGAUAGCAUGUUACU